AUGCGGUUAACUGGCUUUCAGAUGCCCCUAUCACUACUACCACCAGUAUAUCCAUCAAAAUCACGAGACUCCUUAAACUUAAGAACAGAAAUUCAUCAGCCUCCUGAAUCAGGAGAAAAAAUUAGUAGUGCUGCUAGUGAAGCUGCUUUACAUAGAUGCAGAUUAUAUGAAUUGCGCCAGACGUUCUUGGGGAUCUCUACUUCAAAAGACCCUUGUCCGCAUUGUCAGACAGGAAUCUCUACGUGUACAUAUGUGAGCACAGAUAAUCACUCUUUUUAUACCAGCCCCGUGGGUAGUUUUGGGUGCACUGUUUUAAAUUCAGCAAGGUUUGACCGUGGUCCUUCCAUUUAUGUAAGUACCCCUGAUAUUGAUUGUCUUUCUUCUGCCACUGAAUCAGACAAACUUCGUGAAUCUGUAAAUACGUACCAUAAAACUACUCAGAAGCAGCCUUCACUAAGCUAUUAUCCUAAUGUUGAAUACGAUCAACUUGAUACAGCUGAUCAACUUCCAAGUCCUAAUUAUUCAUCCUUUAUUUAUUCAAAUCCUCUUACAUCAUGUGAAAAAUAUGCGUCUAUAGAAUCUUCAUUGUCUGGGGAAUUUACAGCAAAGCCCAGUUUAUUUAUCAGUGAGGCUGGGUUUUGUCCUUUAACUCCAGAAGCCGUUCAUUUAUCCUCAAACGAGUUCGCAGAAAGUUCUAGUCCUCAAAUUCGGACUGUUCUCAUGAAUAUUUUGCAUCCAAUGAGAAUCUAA